UUUCUUUAAUGCUGAUAAUGAUGUUACGAAAAAGCACGUAGUUAAAAACGGGUGGCAAAAAUAAAAAAUAAAAAAUUACGAAAUUCCAAAAUAAGCAAGGAAGUCCCCUUAGCAGCAAAAGGACAGUAUUAUUCAUAAUUUUUAUUCCUUGGCUAUUUUUGAACUUGGCACUAUAUUUAUCUUUUGUUAUAUUUUACUUUUUCUUCUUGUUUCUCUUUACUCUCUUCUUUCUUUCGUAUAUAUACAUAUAUAGAACUAAUGUCGAACCAGCCACCGUCAGCUCAAAAUAAUAUAGUCGGUGUUCAUUACAAAGUUGGGAAAAAAAUUGGAGAAGGGAGUUUCGGUAUAAUUUACGAAGGUACCAACUUAUUAAACAACCAGCAGGUUGCCAUAAAGUUUGAACCAAGAAAGAGUGAUGCACCUCAAUUGCGUGAUGAAUAUAGAACUUAUAAAAUCAUGGCAGGAUCUGCUGGAGUACCUAAUGCGUAUUACUUUGGACAAGAAGGCUUACACAACAUUUUAGUAAUUGAUCUGCUAGGUCCUAGUCUGGAGGAUAUGUUUGACGUUUGUGGGAGAAAGUUCUCGACCAAAACAGUAGCAAUGCUAGCUAUCAAUAUGUUAACUCGAGUACAAGCAAUACACGAGAGAGACAUGAUCUAUCGCGAUAUCAAACCCGAUAACUUUUUGAUUGGUAAACCUGGAACAUCCUCCGAAAAUGAUGUGUAUGUUGUGGAUUUUGGCAUGGCAAAAGCAUACCGUGACAAGGUAACAAAAACCCAUAUCCCUUACAAAGAAAGAAAAAGCCUCUCUGGUACCGCACGAUACAUGAGUAUCAAUACGCAUCUUGGAAGAGAACAAUCACGUCGCGAUGAUUUAGAAGCAUUAGGGCACGUUUUCAUGUACUUUCUUCGGGGAUCUCUACCGUGGCAAGGAAUGAAAGCUGCAACAAACAAACAGAAGUACGAAAAAAUAGGAGAAAAAAAACAGACGACUGGCGUAAGAACGCUAUGUGAAGGAUUCCCUAAUGAAUUUGUACAAUACAUGCAAUAUUCUCGCAAACUCGGAUUCGACGAGACACCGAAUUACAAUUGGCUACGUGGAUUAUUUUUAAAGGUGAUCAGCGAUCUAGACGAAGUAGAUGAUGGUGUAUAUGAUUGGGAACUCCUGAACGAAGGCAAUGGAUGGCAAAGCAUCGCGAAAGAAGUAUGUCAACCACGUAGUAGAAAACUUUUGGGUCCUCCUCCACUACCGCCUCAACAGGUACAAAACGAGCCUAUAAUGGCUCACCAAACUCUUCAAGAACCUACCAAACAUCAUAAUCGCUCUUCUAACAAUAUUAACAGUAGUACAUCUAGAAGUAGAUGGUCCAAAAUUAAGUCACUGUUGACAUGUGGUAUUUUCUAAAGUCACAUGUCUCAAUAACUAUCUCUCAUUACAUUCCCCACACUCAUCAUAAAAAAAAAACAGAAAAACAAAAAAAACAUUAU